AUGGGCGCCGCGUGCAGUCGCUCCACCGACGCGUCGGCACCGUCGCACCCACCGUCACCACCGUCGUCACCGCGCAGACGCUCGAUCGACGCCGUGCGCAGAUCGAUCGACGCCGUGCGCGACGCCCUGGGUCUGCACAAGAGGGAACAUCAACACUGGAGCGAGACCUCGUGCCCGUGGCUCUCCGUGCGGUCCGAGACGUACGACGUCGAUCGCGCGAAGACGCCGGUGACGAGACCGAUGUUCAUGACUCUGAAACACUGCGAUCUGUUUGAUCAAUCGGAUCUUAAAGAGGGGGAGAGAUUGGACGUCGCGCGGAGGACGGCGGCGAGCUGGUUCAGGAAACAACUGGACGCCGAGCGGGACGAGCGAGGUAAAGACGGCGUGAGAAAGGUUCCGUGGACGUUUGUGUUUCAGUUUGUGAAUCCCGAUGGCGCCGGAUUGGUGUGUUAUUUCCAACCAGCGUUCGAAACCGGAGAGGGGGAUGACGCGGCGACGACGGCGACGGAGGUGGCGGCGAGGGUGGAGCGAGACGCGGAGGCGUCCGGCUUGGACGCCGAUCACGCGUUCGCCAGAUUGUUUCGACGAUUCUUGCUCGAAGACAAUGAUAACGACGCGUUUCGCUCGGAGCGGAUUAAGAUUUGCGCCAAGAUCACAAAGGGGCCGGCGAUGUUGACGCAACUAGUUCCCACGCGGCCGGUUCUCGUCGGUAAGCGCGCUCGCACGGUGUUUCACUCAGGCAAAGGAACGGAUCUGGAGGGGCGUUACUUGGAGUGUGAUUGUAUCUGCGCCGAUAAUUCGUACGCAAAGUAUUUGUAUUACACGUUCAGUGGGUUAUCGAGCAGGAGUGAGGAAGACGUGGCGAUUUGGAUCGAGGGCCGGGGCGAGGACGAGCUCCCUGAGCGCGUGUUGGGCGCGGUGAAGUUUCGGAAGAUUUCACCAAAAACGCUCACAAAGGUGUAA